GUUUGGUUCUCUGCGGGGCUUCACUUAACUCGAGUCUCUGUCAAGAGCAAUUCAUUUCGAGCCAGUUGCUUUAUGGCUAUGCGAAGCUUUCAAUAUGAACGCUGCCUGCAUUAUUGUGGGCGUACUCUUGUGCGUGGGCGUGGCUGUGGCCAAAGACAAUCUACGCGUUGCCUACGAGUGGCGGGAAAUGGAUUUCCAAUAUGACUCACCCGAUCAGCGGUGGUCGGCUAUCGAGCGCGGGGCCUUCAAGCCGGCUAACGUAAUACCCUUUGGAUUGGAGGUCUAUCGCCAGCGAUUGUUCGUAACGCUGCCCAGAUGGCGAGACGGUGUGCCCGCCUCAUUGGCCUACCUUGAUCUUAAUGACACCUCCAGCAAAAUGCCAGCGCUGCGACCUUUUCCUAGUUGGGUGUCGCAUAGCUUGAGCGAUGCAGAUCCGGAGCUGGUCUCGCCGUUUAGGAUCAAGGCGGAUCGCUGUGGUCGCCUUUGGGUGCUGGACUCUCGCAUCGCGGGCGUGCUGGAGCAGACGAAGCUGUAUGGGCCGGCACAGCUCUUGAUCUACGAUCUGCACAACGAUGAUCUGCUGCGUCGUCACGUUCUGCCCGCGAGUCAGGCCAAGCACAGCUCCUUCUUUGCCAAUUUGGCUAUCGAGGAUGCGGAUUGUGAGAAUACCUAUGCCUAUGCGGCCGACUUGGGUAGUCCUGGUCUGGUGGUUUAUUCGUGGCGGGAUCAGGAAUCGUGGCGUGUGCAGCAUCACUUCUUUCAUCCCGAUCCGUUGGCGGGUAACUUCAGCAUCAAUGGCAUUGAGUUCCAAUGGGACGAUGGACUUUAUGGACUAGCUUUGUCCAAGCCACAGAGCGAUGGCUACUCCACAUUGUAUUUCCAUCCGCUUAGCUCCACCAUGGAGUUCUCGGUGAAGACCUCGGUGCUAAGGAACAAAACGUUGGCCACCUCAGCUGCUAUUUACAGAGACUUCAAGAUCUUGGGCAGUCGUGGCAUGGAUGCCCAGGCAGGUGCUCAGUUCCUGGAUGCUGACACUGGCGUUUUGUUCUAUACGCUGCCCAAUCUGAACUCGCUCGGCUGCUGGCAAACUUCGAAGAGCUACAACGUGCAGGAUCGUGUCUAUAGCAACAACAACAGUUUCGUCUUUCCCAGCGAUAUCAAGGUGGAUGAGGAGCGACGCCUCUGGGUGCUGGCCAAUCAGCUGCAGAACUUUAUCUACGAUGAACUCUAUCCUGGCAGCAUCAAUUUCCGCAUUUACAUGGCGCAUGUAAAGGAUGCCCUAGAGCAUACAACCUGCGCGCCGGACAAGUCCCUGCCAGAGCUCAUUGGCAAGCUGGGCGAGGUGCUCAGAACGAAUAUCCAGCUAGAGACAACAACAGCUAAGGAUUCCAACUCCGCUGCUACUGCUCUGACACUGAGUCUGGGCGCUCUGCUGUUAACCUGCUCCUGGCUGCUCUAAGAGCCGGAACUUUGUAUAUACCAGAACAAAUAUUCCCAAUUAAAUGUAGUUUUCUAGU